AUGGUUAAAAUAAUAGAAACGGUCGCUGACGCAAUAGCGAUAAAGUUAUUAAAUAAAAAUACAAUAGUAACUGGGAAAGGCAAUGAAUUACAUUUGUAUAAACGUGUUGAUGAGUCAAUUGUUGAGGAUGUCUUGAAUGUCAAAUUAAGGAACAAAAUUCACGGGAUAGAAUAUUAUAAUACCAAUAUUUUAUUAAUUUACGGGGAAAUGGAAUUUAUUUUAGUCCAAUGGAAAACCGAUUGCGACGAAUUUGAAGAAUUCUAUCGAGCUCAAUUAACCGAUUGGAUUAGUGGUGCCAUUCUCCUAGAUAAUGCUCAAAUAGCUUUGCUAACAGCACACAGUGUUAUCUUACGAUUUCAAUAUGAUUGGAAACAAAAAACUUGUGAUUUGUUGGAAAGGGUAACGUGUGCUGAUGACAAAUCUACGCUUUACUGCACCCAUUUAUACGGUUCUUUAUGGGACGACUUAAUAAUAUUUUCUGGUAAUGCGUUCGGCGAAUUAUUAAUUUGGCAACCAAGUUUAAUUCAUAUCAACGAAAACAAAGAAAAUUUAAGAAAUUCAUUUUUACUGCACCGUAUUAACGCACAUAACGGUGUUAUAUUCUCUAUCGAUUAUAAUGCACAAAGUGAAAUUUUAAUUACGACCAGCGAUGAUCGAGCAUUGAAAUGGUGGAAAGUAAAGAAGGACAAACAUAAUUGGUCGACAAGUCAUUUGCAGUCAUUGGCUAGUAGCUAUGGUCACGUUGCCAGAGUAUUUCGUGGGCUCAUUUUUAUGGAAGGUACAGAAAUUUAUGCUGUAAGUGUGGGUGAAGAUUCCUACUUGUGUUUAUGGCUUAGUAGUGGAGAAUUACUAUUUAAGAGACAUCAGCAAUAUGGGGCUGUUAUAUGGAAUAUAGCUUACGAUUCUGACACGAGAACCGUUUAUACGGUCGGCGCUUGUGGAAAUCUAUUAGCGUAUGAUUUGAAGGAUCUAUUUAAACAACAUAUGAAAUUAUUACUGAAACCAAAAAUCUUAUCAAAAAACACUACAGAAUACAUUGCAAAAAUUAAAUUUCUCAAUGAACAUGAACUGCUAGGUAUAACUAGUAAUAAUCGUUUGAUCAAAAUGCAAUCCGAUCGGAGGGAUUUUGCUGACGAUCAAAAAUGUCACGUAAUCGAGGAGACAAUAAAUUUUAAAUGCACUGUAAUGGAAAUCUACAAAGAUUCUAUAGCUCUAGCUGGCUAUAAGAGAUUAGUAAUUCUUUUGUAUAACGAAAUUAAUCAGCAAUUUAGAAGAAUCUAUGAUGCUGAGAUUUUAAAAAGUGUAAUAAGAAGCUUUAUAUUCUUUGACAGUUGUAAAUAUCUUGUCUGCGACGAUCAAGGCAACUGUAUGUUAAUGCGAAACAAAAUCAAAUGUUUUUUUGAUUUACCAAAAUCGAAAGAACCUUGGCUUACAGCAGGUCUCUUAUUACAUGGAGAGCAAAUUUUGUUGAUAAGCAAUAGACAAGGACAUGUGCUGUUGUAUAAAUACAACAAAGAAGAAAACAUUUAUAAUUUAAAGCAUAAUUUGAAAAAUAUACAUGGAAACUUAGGUGCUACUAAGCUUAUGCCAAUAUUCGUAAAUGAAUCAAAAGCCUUAGUGUGUAGCAGUGGACAUAAGAGCUGUUUAAAUAGAAUUUUGGUUGACUUUCAAAAGUACGCUAUGAAAUUAUGUACAAAAGAUAAUAUACCUGUGGCAUGGGUCGAUGAUGUUGUACAAAUUUUUAAACAUUCUCCCAUAUUACUAGGAUUUAAUGACAAUCAUUUCGUAGCAUGGUCCAAAAAUUAUGAUUUCCUUUUACAAAUACCAUGCGGUGGAGGACAUAGAUGCUGGGAUUAUGUCAUAUCUAAAACAGACGAAAAAUUUAUAACUUUGGCUUUCAUACAAAAUAAAGAAGUUGUCAUUUAUUAUCGUCGUCUCUAUAACGCAGCUUUGCUAUUAUCACCAACGGCCAAAAAAUGGCACACAAGUUCUUGCAACGUAGCAGAAAUAUACCAGCAAGGCGAUUUAAAUGUAAAUAUUGCCAUAACCGGAGGAGAAGAUAAUCUGAUAAAGAUUCAUAACAUUUGCGAAAAAGGUUUAAAGCAAAAGUUUGAAUUACAUAAUCAUAUUUCUAAUAUAAGAACCAUACGGGCGGUGGACGUAAAAGAUUAUGAAUUGUUUAUAUUUUCUGGUGGUGGCAGAGCUCAGCUGUCCAUAACUCGGGUAAACGUUCAAAAAAACCAUCGAGAGGAAUUAAUAAACUAUACUAUAAGAAAUUCGGAACAGAAUCGCAAACAAUUAACAAACAAUAAAUAUAACUAUGAACCGGAGACCCGUUUAAUGGCUUUGGACGUUUUAAAGAUUGAUGACUGUCAAUAUAAAAUUUAUAUAGGUUGUUCUGACGGCUAUGUAAGAUUAUUAUAUUUCAAAGCAUCAGAUACCCCUGAAAUACAACAAAUUUCCCAAUUAUUUUAUAAUAAAUGCAUAUUACAGCUGCAGGUAAUAAAAGAAGAAAAUUGUGUGAUCGUGGGAUGCACCGAAGGUAGCCUCAAAUUUUUUAAUACAGCUUUAAGUGAAUGCAUUUAUAAAAUAAAACAUCAUCAAAGCGGAAUUAACGCCUUAGCAGUUCACCAUAAUGCUGCAACGAGAUCAGUGAAAAUGUUAUCAGGCGGUGAUGAUCAGGCUGUAUGUUAUACUGAAUUGGGCUUUUCUGAUGACAAUCAAUGGAAAAUUCUAAACAAAUUUUCCCGAAGUAUUUGGCACACGGCUCAAGUUACAGCAGCCUGCAUACUAUCAAACGGUUUAUAUGGCAUAACUGGUAGUUUAGAUCAAAAUAUUUACAAAAUCAACUUAAAAAACGGCGAAAUAUUAGAAAGCUUUCAUUCUUGCAUUGCUGACAUAAAGGGUGUAUCUUGCUGGCAUUACAAAGCGAAAGACCAUUUUCUUAUUUAUGGUUGUGGUUAUCAAGUGUUUUGUUUCGACGAUUACUAUUUUAAAUAA